GCGUCCGUGUUGCAUAAAACGACAGCAUACAUUCUUAGACUUCAAUUGAUCCCAAUCCGCUCGAGAGAGAGAGAGAGAGAGAGAAUGAGGUGGUGGCGGCGGCGUAGACGAUGAGAGCCGGACCUACCCAUUUCACCCAAAACCUUCUUCCUUUCAACAUUAUCGCCACCAAAAAUCGCCUUCACCGCACCCCACCAUUCUUUCUCAAACCCUAUCGCAUGGCCGAGGGCGCAUCAGCCACCAAUAUACCCGCGCCACACCCGAUCCAAUCGAAACCUGACGCCGAGAAGAAGGGGAAUUCACCCAAAGAGAUUCCUCCGCCGCCGGAGAAGCCAGAUCCCGGCGAUUGCUGCGGCAGCGGUUGUGUCCGAUGCGUUUGGGACGUGUACUAUGAGGAGCUUGAAGAAUAUAAUAAGCUCUACAAUCACGACGGUCCUAACCCCAAACCUUAGAGUCAUUCUUUUCUCAUUGUUUCUUCAACGAUUCACAAUUCCAAGGUCGGUUUUGUUGUCAUACUAAUAUGUUAUUUCUUUUUCUUUUAUUU